UCCAUUUCUCUUUUACACCAAUUAUAUUCAUGUCCUCCCAGGAGGCGGUCUCUAACAGAAAGUAUUGUCUAUCAGGAAGUUUCACUUUCCCAGUAUCUCGUCUGCUUAAAAUUUAUAAUCUCACUAUCUGACUUGGGUUCACUGGUUCCUUGAUGGCGGAUUCUCUAGAAGACGAUCUCUCAUGCCCAGUGUGUUGUGAGAUUUAUCAGGAUCCUCAGCUCCUCUCCUGUGGACACACUUUCUGCAGCAAAUGCCUGCAAAAACACUGGACUGUAAACACCCGGACGUGUCCCGUGUGUCGCAGGGUGUCUCUGCAGGAACCCGUGGCCAACCUGGCUCUGAGGGACACCAGCGAGACUUAUCAGAAGGAGAAGGAACGGCAGAAGAAGGAGAGCGAGAGCGAGAGUGAAGUCAGAUGUUCUCAACAUGGAGAGAAAGUCAAGUUCUUCUGUAAAACUGAUGAAGAAGUCAUUUGUUUAAAGUGCAGGAAGGAAAGUCACAGAUCGCACCGAGUUCAGCUUCUCGCACAGGCUGCACGACAGCACAAGGACCGAAUUAAAGCUGCACUUCAUCCAGCUGAGAAAGCUCUCCAGUCUCUAAAGAAUGGCACAAACAAAAAAGCUGAAAUCACCAAAUACAUUCAGUCUCAGGGUCAUCAGGCAGAGAGACAAAUAAAAGCAGAGUUCGAGAAAUUUCACCAUUUCCUUAAAAAGGAAGAGGAAGCCAGAAUGACAGCACUGAAGAGAGAUGUGGAGAAAAAAAAAGGGAAAUUGGAAGAAAGUAUAGAACAAGACAUAUUGCUUCUUUCUGACAGAGUGAGGGAGGUGGAAGAAGAAAUGGAGAGUGAAGAUGCACAAUUUUUGCAGAAUUACAACUUUGUACUGCAGAGGGCUCGUCAGACAAUGCUGGAUUCAGAGUUACCUUCAGCAGAUCUUAUCAACAUGGCUGAACAUGUGGGGAAUCUGGGGUACCGGGUGUGGGAGAAGAUGACAAAUAUCUUCCAUUACUAUCCGGUCCUCCUGGAUCUCAACAGUGCUCCUGAGGACUUUUUCAUAUCAGAUGACCUGGCAAGUGUUGGAAAGUCGUCAUGCAUCCGACCAAACCCUAUUGGGUUUCAUGGGAAUCGUUUGGUGCUCGGAUCUGAGGGAUACAAUGACGGCUUCCAUUGCUGGAACAUCGAGGUGGGAAACAGUAAGCACUGGACUCUUGGUGUGUGUCAGCGUUCAGCAGACAUGGAUUUGGUAAAACCUCUGACUGCUGAAAUGGGCUUCUGGGGUCUCAAAAGAAAAGGGGAUUCCUACAUGCUCCUGACAUCCUACAAAUACUCCUUCAAGAUACAGAAGAAGCCAAGAACAGUGCAAGUGCAGCUGGGAGGAUGGUUCACCUUAGGCAACCUGAACAUAGGUCGCAUGGUGAGAUUCGUGGAUGUCAGCGACGGAUCUGUUAUUGCAUGUUAUAGAAGAAUUCCCCAAGGUGUGCCGUUGUUUCCAUUCCUCAUCCCAGAAGAGCGUUUUUCUCACCUGCGCAUUGCUCCUACCAUUCCUCCCCUAAUCUUAGAGCAUGUGGUUGUAGAGAGACAAAAAACUCAGAUCUCAGAUUACCUAAUGUAUUUCUUCAUAGCUGUUUUGGUCAUUUGGUCGUUAAUGUUUGGAGGAAAUAAAUAAGUGAAUAAGUGACUACACAAACAAGUGAGUGAAGGAGUAAAGGAGUCUGAGGGUAAAUUACUGAAUGAGUGAGUGAGUAAAUGAAUAAAUAAUUGACUUCAGUUAGUUAACGAAGUAAUAAGUAAUUAAAUGUGAGUCCAUGAAUUAAUAAAUAAAUGUGCAUAUGAAAGUGAUAAAAGAGCAUGAGACUCAGUGAGUAAACAGGUGAAAUGAGAAAGUAAAUGGGUGAGAAUGUGAGUUAAUGAGUUAAAUAAUUAGUGAAUAAGGGUUUAACAUUAUAAAAACUUGCCAUAAACCUCAAUCUUUAAUCAUCUACAGUAGGUUGACAUUUUAUGCUCAGACCAAUAAAACUGUAUAAACAGUAAAGCAAAGACCAAAAUACUAAGAUGGUAUGUAAAUUCUGUUACAUGUCUAAAGUAAAAUAAAAUAAAAAACAAACCUACAUUUUUUUCAAUUGCCAAAAUUAGAUGGUUUCUAAACAAAAAAAAUAAAGCAUUGAAUUAUUAGUUACAUUUAAAAAUUAUUCUUUACAGAGUAAAGUGUUACACAACAAUAACACAGCAGAUAAAUUUAGAUUAAUUAUAGAAAAUUAGGACAGAUAUAAAUGUCCCACAAAUUCAGUAAGAAAAGCUACUUAAGUAUUUUUUCACCUAAAUGGUAAAUACAGUACAGUGAAACCUUGGAUUACGAGUAACACAGUUUGUGAUUGUUCCGCAAGACGAGAAGAGAUUUUUAAGAAAUUUUGAUUUGGAAAAUGAACAAGUCUUGGUUUACGAGCACUGCGUAUCCUGUAUUACUCAUGCGCUUCUUGUAUUGACGCCGAGCGUCAUGUAAUCACAACUAAGCCAAGGGUUUUUCUUUCUCUCUUGUGCUGCGGAAUUGUGGUUAAAUCGUCUCCCCUGCACAUGUGUACUGUUUACUAUAACACUGUGACCGUGUGUGUGUGUGUGUGGGUGUGUAAAACAGUGUACUGUUUCUUAUAACACACGUGUGCGUGCGUGUAAAGCAAAUGAAAAUCUCAUUAGAGGUUAAAAAUCUAUUUUCUCUCUCCCUCUCUGUUUCAGCCCAUGUGUCUGCGCAUGCAUAAUUUGACACCGUCCUGGGGGGGUCACACACUCUCUCUCUUUCUUGCCCGAGCGUUUAAAGUGUGUGUGUGUGUCUUUGUGUGUGUGUGUGAAGUAGCGAGGGUGUGCAGUCUUUUCGUUAAUGUGUGUUUAUGUGAAGUUCAAAUAAGAAAGGUUUACUGUGUAAUAAAGUCUCAUUAAAAGUUUAAAAAUCCAUUUUCUCCCUCAGCCUCUCUUAUGUGUGUGCGUGCGUAAGUUGACACCGAGCCGGUUCAUACACUUUCUCUCGGGACGGGA